UACCAGCAGAUACUGUUGGUAGUCCCAGAGCUCUUCAGCUCACUGAGGUUUUCAUUCACCAUUGGGGGCAAGUCAGUUUUGUUACUUAAAUUGUGUUUUUAUUCCCAUGUUUCCCAAGGGUACCUAGAAAUCUCUCCCGUGAAGAGUGACUUAUCAUGACAUCCUGAUUUGUAUAUAAUGUUCUGGGUUUGUAUGUGGAUCAUUAAUAGAAGACUCUUUUACCCUUGAACCAUGUCUUGUUCAGAUGAUUAAUUAUAUGAUUGCAGACUGGAAAAAAAGGUAGACGGACAUACAGAGGACUUAAAGGGAAUGAGCAAUGGCAUUCACUGAUAACUGAAGGAGAAGCCAAAGCAGAUUUUGAGAAAUCCAAAGGAGCUCAUUAUUCUGGCAAAUGCCCUCACCUAAUCUGAAGGAGGACAUGUAAAACUGAAGAUGAAUCUGUGUGUGUAGCGUGCUCUUGAAACACACAAGAAACAUAGAAGAGUUGAAAAUAACGUUACUAAGAUAUAAUCAAUAAAAAAGCCGUAAAUGUGAAGAAAAAAAACCAAUUGCAGUGGAAACUGGAAAAAAAAAAUCAAUGUGGGUGCUGGAUGAUGGGAAAUAGAUCAUUUCAAAUCAAUUUGGGUGCUGGCUGGUGACCAAUCGAUGAUUUAAAAUGAAUCUGCGUUUACUCAAGGGUUAAUCUUGGUGAGUGAGCAUUUAAAAGCCCUUCCUGACGCUCGGUCCUCUCCUGUUGUGUACACUUCGAUAAUCAGCCUAUUCUAUACGGGCCUCCCUCCGGAUGCCCGUUGCCCGUCAAAGCGCGGACUUGUCUCCUGCGCUGAGUGACGUGGGGCCAGUAAUACCGGGAGGGCGGGCGGGAGCCCGGGCACGUGGACCAGAAACGCUUCCUAGAAACAGCUCAACCCUGCCUGAACUUUCCCUGUAAACACAGCCCGCUGACAGAACGGCAUCCCUGCUGGGCGGACCCUGCAACUCGUAGAGGGAAUGGCCCGUCUUGUUUUUAAUUAGCAAGGUGAAAGGUGAAUUAAAACUAGCUGUUUGGCAAGUCAGUGCAAGAGGCUGACUUCUGAGAGGCUUCAAGGAGCCAGAAGAGAAGAGCGGUGCGUGUGCUCAGGGGUUUUCUUUUCUGAAUGAACCGCUUGCAGAAGUGACAAAAAAAAAAAAAAAAAAAAAAGAAGAAGAAGACAGUUUCCUCCGGAGGCUAUACCCGCGCAGUUACUGAAGAGAGCUCUGGACAGGACAUGGCUCGGAAGACUCACUCCUUGGAAUGCCCUCCUGCUCCCGGCUUAUAAACAACUGUCCUCCUCCGGGGAAGAAAGGUUUUACGUAUCCAAAUACAGCCUGACAAAUGGCACUUUGGGACCGUGCUUUCUGAUGACAACGCGUUCGAUUUCUGACAAAGCCUCUCACGCGCUGCCCCUGGAGGGGAGUCCUAAGUGAAACUCGGACCCGCCUUCAAGUGCGGAUCGGAGGGCUUGCCCGGGGCGGGGGGCAGGCAGCAGCAUGGCAGCGGCCGCCAACCUGGUCACCUGGCUCCUGUGGAGCCACUUACUGGAGCUUUGGACAGGAGGGCACACGGCAGAUACCACUCACCCCCGCCUACGUCUGUCACAUAAAGAACUCCUGGAUCUAAACCGAACAUCAGUCUUUCAUAGUCCUUUUGGGUUUCUUGAUCUCCAUUCAAUGCUGCUGGAUGAAUAUCAAGAGAGACUCUUUGUGGGAGGCAAGGAUCUUGUGUAUUCUCUCAAUUUGGAACAAAUCAGCAAUGGCUAUCGAGAGAUACACUGGCCUAGCACAGCACUAAAAAUAGAAGAAUGCAUAAUGAAAGGGAAAGACGCAAGUGAAUGUGCAAAUUAUGUUCGGGUUUUGCAUCACUAUAAUCGGACACACCUUCUGACCUGUGGUACGGGAGCUUUUGACCCGCUUUGUGCCUUCAUCAGGGUUGGAUACCAUUUGGAGGACCCCCUGUUUCAUCUGGAACUGCACAGGUCGGAGAGAGGAAGGGGCAGAUGUCCUUUUGAUCCCAAUUCAUCCUUCAUCUCUACCUUAAUCGGUAGUGAAUUGUUUGCUGGCCUCUAUAGUGACUACUGGGGGAGAGACGCUGCAAUCUUCCGGAGCAUGGGGCGCCUGGCUCAUAUUCGCACCGAGCAUGAUGACGAGCGCCUGUUGAAAGAACCAAAAUUUGUAGGUUCAUAUAUGAUUCCUGACAAUGAAGACCGAGAUGACAACAAAGUAUAUUUCUUCUUUACCGAGAAGGCCUUGGAGGCAGAAAACAGUGCCCAUGCAAUUUACACCAGAGUGGGGCGACUCUGUGUGAAUGAUAUAGGAGGACAGAGAAUCCUGGUGAAUAAGUGGAGUACUUUCCUCAAAGCACGACUCAUUUGCUCAGUACCAGGAAUGAAUGGAAUUGACACAUAUUUUGAUGAAUUAGAGGAUGUUUUCUUGCUACACACCAGAGAUCAUAAGAACCCAGUGAUAUUUGGACUCUUUAACACUACCAGUAACAUAUUCAGGGGACAUGCAAUAUGUGUCUAUCAUAUGUCUAGCAUCCGGGCAGCCUUUAAUGGACCAUAUGCGCAUAAGGAAGGACCUGAAUACCACUGGUCACUCUAUGAAGGAAAAGUCCCUUACCCAAGACCUGGUUCUUGUGCCAGCAAAGUUAAUGGUGGGAGGUACGGAACCACCAAAGACUAUCCCGAUGAAGCCAUCCGAUUUGCGAGAAGCCAUCCACUUAUGUACCAACCCAUAAAACCUGCCCAUAAAAAACCAAUCCUGGUAAAAACAGAUGGAAGAUAUAACCUGAAACAAAUAGCGGUGGAUCGAGUGGAAGCUGAGGAUGGCCAAUAUGAUGUCUUGUUUAUCGGGACAGAUAAUGGAAUUGUACUGAAAGUAAUCACUAUUUAUAACCAAGAAACAGAAUCAAUGGAAGAAGUAAUUCUAGAAGAACUUCAGAUAUUCAAGGAUCCAGUUCCUAUUAUUUCCAUGGAGAUUUCUUCAAAGAGACAACAGCUGUAUAUUGGAUCUGCUUCUGCCGUGGCCCAAGUCAGAUUCCAUCAGUGUGACAUGUACGGAAGUGCUUGUGCUGACUGCUGCCUGGCUCGAGACCCUUACUGUGCCUGGGAUGGCAUAUCCUGUUCCCGGUAUUACCCAACAGGCACCCAUGCAAAAAGGCGGUUCCGCAGACAAGAUGUCCGGCAUGGCAAUGCAGCUCAGCAGUGCUUUGGACAGCAGUUUGUCGGAGAUGCUUUGGAUAAGACUGAAGAGCGACUGGCGUAUGGCAUAGAAAACAACAGUACUUUGCUGGAAUGUACCCCUCGAUCUUUGCAAGCAAAAGUUAUCUGGUUUGUGCAGAAAGGACGUGACACAAGAAAAGAGGAGGUGAAGACGGAUGACAGAGUGGUCAAGAUGGACCUCGGUUUACUCUUCCUUAGGGUACGAAAAAUGGACGCUGGGACUUAUUUUUGCCAGACAGUAGAGCAUGGUUUUGUCCAUACUGUGCGCAAAAUUACGCUGGAGAUAGUGGAAGAGGAGAGAGUAGAGGAGAUGUUUCACAAAGACUUUGAAGAGGACGGGCCUCCCAAGAUGCCGUGUCCUGCUCAGAGCGUCAUCCCACCCGGGGCAAAACCGUGGUACAAGGAAUUCUUGCAGCUGAUUGGUUACAGCAACUUCCAGAGAGUGGAAGAAUACUGUGAAAAGGUCUGGUGCACAGAUAAGAAGAGGAAAAAGCUUAAAAUGUCACCUUCCAAGUGGAAAUACGCCAACCCACAGGAAAAGAAGUCCCGUCCGAAAGCUGAGCACUAUCGCCUGCCCAGGCACGCGCUGGCCUCCUGAUGGGGUGAAACCAUCUCCUGGCUUCUGAAGAAUUCGUGUUUGGAACCAAAAACAAACAAACAAACAAACAAACAAAACGAGAAACCAUCCAGCUUCUUUGUGUCGCUUAAGAGAUUUCUGUAGUGCAGAAAUAUGACUGUGAAGGUAUUAUGAUAAAUUAUUCUACAUGCUCAUUUGACUGGUUAAAAAUCAUGUAAAAUUAGCUAAUUUUUCUAAACAAGCAUAUUACUCAAUGGCUUCACGCUAUAUUUAUCAAAAAGUGACCUUGGCUGUAGUUUUGAGUACUUGGCUGCUUUUCCAUGCAAUUAUUAUUUUCUCUUGGAAGACUUGUGGUUAUUGGGAUAUUGAAGAAAUAGAGAUGUUAAUAAUCAUGGGAAAAUUAAAUAUAUAUUUUAAUCGUUCUGAAUUCUACCUUUCCACCACAAUGUAUAAGGUAAAGAAUAUCACAUACUUUAACAUUCUCAUAUGAAGUGUCUGUACUUUUUAAGAACUAUUGUAUUAGUGAAAAAAUCUAUUGUAUUAGUAUCUAAGCCGUGAGUUUUAUGAAGCCAGGUGUGUUGAAACUAUUGUAAACCAUGAAAGAACACUGUGGUCACCUUGAGGCUCGUGCCCUUCCUAAAACAUUCGUUAAGCCACUUUCGCUAUAGUUACAUUUCAUGAUGAAAACAAAUCCUUUGAAUUUCACUCCAGCGCAGAAAGAAUGAACUUUAGAUAACUUCUCAGAAAGAUGGCAAAAUAUGCCAAGAACAGAUGAAGUUACAGUUAGAAAUCUAACUGAAAAAGUUUUUGCUACCCUCUUGUGGUAGAAAAAGUAUAUUCUCCUUUUUCUCUUUUUACAGACUAGUAAAUGUGAAAGCAGUUUCUGUUAAUAUAUCCUGUCCAUUUUCAGGGGGAAAAAAACCUUAAAAAUGUCUCAAUGUUUAUGUCAUGCUUUAAGAUGGAAAUAAUGUGUUUAUGAAUAAUUUAUUACCUCACAGGCCAAAAAUGAAGAUAUCAUAGCCCUAAAGCUCUACUAAAACUUAAAUUUUAUGCCUUCUAAAUAAUCUUCCCUGAAAUAUAAAAGAUAGUCCAGAAACAUAUGUUUAUUACUUUAAAAAUAUUAAAGCAGCUUGUGCUCAGAUAUCACAUUUUCCUCACUAUUUUAUGUUAACAAAUAACAAAAUUGUUUCACUAGGUCAUUUAACUACCGAGAUAUCCAGAACACCUUUACUUUAUAAAUAGUAUCUAGAGUUUUUGAGAAUGCUUAUUUCUUGAAGUCUUUCCCUCUCCUUUUAAUGUAGCAAUUACUUUUCUAAAAUAGGAAGUUUUGUUGAGAUUUUUCAUUUAAAUAAAAAUUAAAAGCAAGUGAAUUACAUGUGAAAACAAUUCUGAAUAUUUAGUUAAAUGUUUAGGUAUUCAUUUCAACUUUCCAAGUUAGCUUUUAGAGUAUAUAAUUAAGAAAGUUAAGGUGUGGAUAACUUGUCAUGGCUUACAAUUUCAUUUGACAAUUAACAAAUACAUACGUGUUUUUAAAAAGUUUAUAAAGUUCAUUUGUUAAGCCACGAAGGCCCCAAAGAUCUGAAGGAUAGAAAUAUUUUGAAAAAGAACAUUCUCUGGAAAAUCCAGUUGCUGUUUACUCAAGAAUCCACCGGAGGUCAUUGCCGCCCACCAGUAUUAAUUGAAAACAGCAUGUAUUUCAGUAAAAUCCCGCCCAAUGUGGAGAAAUAGAACCAUAACCAGAGAUCACGGGGUCCCUCGCAAAGUUCAUGUCUGAACUACUCAAAGUGAACAGAUAAUUCAGUAAAGCACGAUUUAUUGAAAAUAUUCAGAAAAGGAAAAAGGAAAGCAGGAUUUUCUCUCAUCCUCAGAUUUUUUUAAAGUAAGGCAGAUAUCACGCAUGUAGUUGACGUUUUAAUCCCCAAAGCACAUAUAAGCGGUUGGUAACAAGGAUAACAGUAAUGUCAUUUAUGAGGCAAAGUAUUUCGUAACUGAAGAGAUAAGGCUGAGGAAAAUAACUUUUCUACGAUAAUAAGUCUUAAGAAUUAAAUAUGCCUUGAAACUAUUCAAGGAAAAUUAGAUGACCGUUAAGGAGAGGGAGGUUUUUUAAAAUGCUAAUUUGAGAGCAUCCUGAUAAGAAAAUUUUGAGGGCUCCAGUCUACCGUUUAGUGAAAGCACUCAAUUUCCAUAUAUAUAUACUUUUCUCCCUUUUCUUAGUCUCACUCUCUGCCUUUCUCCAUGGGCAGGAGCAGUGCACCCCAGGCACACAUCACCAUGUACUUUCGGAUAAAGCUGUAUCGCCCUCUCGAAAGACAAACCAACAACGUAUGUUGCUCGAUCCUUCUUGACAAUCUGAAACAUGCCACAGAACGCCUGCCCAGGCUUUUAUUCUGUCUGGCGUCCGAAUUCAAAUUCAGAGUCUCCUUUGAGAGAUGUCCAGGCUUAGGAAAUCACUACUGUGUUGAUCAGGUUUAUCCUCUCGUUCUUCAACUCAGGAAGGGCACGUGCUUAGCUACCUAAAGACUUGGAGGAAUUCAAGAGUCUGCCCAGACUCGCCACAUUUUCCCCCAGACAGAGAGAGACCUGGUGAAGAGAAACCAUGCCCUGUAGGAACAGACAUUGAGCUGAGAAAGAAUCAUAACCACCCAUCCUAGGUUCAAAGAGGCACCUCCAUGUAGGAUCAGUCUCCCGCUCUUUCAGACCUCUGCUACGUUGUGCUCUGGAAGCAGAGAGGCCCGGUGGAUAGCAUGGAGCCUUGAUGUCAAGCAGUGCACACCUCCCCGUUCACUCCUAUGCCACCUGUUGAGCCAGAGAUGCGGGUUUGUUAGCAAGGAGUAUUACAUCUCCAAGAGGGUUCACUUCAUGAUCUGUGAGGUCUCUUCCGUGUCUAACACUCUUCAUUGCUAAUUUGUUUCCUAGGUGUUUAUUACUGAAUAUUUCCACGCAAAGCUAUUAACUUGGAGAAACAGGGAUUAAAAUAGAAAUAAACACGCGUAAGAGCUCUACGUAAAAGGGAACAGAGAGUCUUUGCCUGUUUAGUAAGUGGCAAUUCUGUAUAUAUUUUAGGGCUUUUGUCUUUCCCCAAAUUAGUUGAACACUUAGGGUGUUUUUAUUGAGUGUUUAAUAUUCGCCAUAGGGUGUAGGGCUUUGUAAAUCUUCCUAGCGAUUAUGAGCAUUUGUAAAAUUUGUAAAAUACGAUACAUUGUUCUGGGUGUCGAUGUUAAGCAUGAAACAAACGCAACAGCUGUUGUCCUUAUAAGUGAGUUGUCUUUAGCCUGACGGGGACAUUAGGAGAACUGCUUAGCGUUGUGUGGAUACUUGAGAUCCCAGGAGAAAGUCUUUGCAGUUAUGAUGACAAUAAGGAGUCGAUGUUCUUGCUCUCACAGCACAGUAUCAUCACAUCGAGUUGCUUUUUCAAAAGCAGUGCUCAUUUCUCAGGCCGACACCUGUUGCGUUUGAAUCAGUUAUAAAUAAUAGAUUUUCCAUGAAUACUGUUUUGAUUAGAGUGUGUUAUUUAAGCUGGUAUGUUUAUUUUUUCUUGGGAAGGUACUGUUAUAUUUUGGCUCUCAUUAUAAUUGAGUGUGUUCUGUGUUCUCUUGUGUUUAAAUGGCUCAUGGCUAGAGUACUACUGUAUUGGGGUGUUCUGGCCUCUAUGGCUUCCUUUUAUUCGCCUGGGCCCAUAACAGCAUGUGCUUUCGCAUUUCUUUUCACUGAUUGUAAGCCACGAGACUUAUUAUCAUCUAGUGGUAAGAUACAAAGACCAUGGACAGUGAGUCUCUGACUAGCAUAUGAAUUUGCCGCUAUGCACUGAAUAAUUUGCCUGUACUAUUAUGUACAAUUUGUAUUUAGCUCAACUUAGAUGCUAAACAAAUAAAUAUUUACUAAACCCUUAA